CUGAUCAUGAAUUUGGCACAGGCUGUGGCAUCAAACGACUUAAAUUUGGUACGGGAGUUGUGCAGGAAUGGACAUGAUCCCAAUCAGACGUUCGCAUGUAGUCCACGGCAAUCGGCCUAUGCGGUUCAACCGAUCAUGGGCCAUGCAGAGAAUUUCGAACCAGAUGAUAUCCUCUAUGGAGUCACCCCCUUGAAUUUGGCGGUCCUGAACGGAAAUGAGGAAAUCGUACGAGUCUUGUUGGAUGCAGGCGCAGAUUUGAAUAAGAAGGAUGGUCGAGGAAGAACGCCAUUACUUUGUGCAGUCUAUGGCUUGGACACCUUGACUAUCACCCCCGCCAACCUGGCAUUGAUCUCUCAGACCACCCCUGCACAUCUUUCAAUCUUACGCAACUGUAUCCUCCCACACCCCUCCAUCACCCUAUCAACUUUAAAUGCACCUCAGGAUGAGAUCAAGGGUAUCACCCCACUAUGUCUAGCCAGUUACCUGGGUAAAGAGGUCGUCGUCCGCUGUUUACUCGAGGCUGGUAAAGUUGAUGUGGAUGCUACAGAUAGAAAAGGCGCCACUGCGCUCAUGUAUGCUGCACGAGAUAGACACAUGUCUGUUGUCAAGACAUUGCUUCGACAUGGUGCGUCCCCGGAUCUGACUGAUAGUAACGGUUGGUCCUCGAUCCAGUAUGGUCAAAUGUACCCUGAAAUUGUUCAAAUGUUUGAAGAAGCACUCCGGUGCAAGAGGCCUGAGGUCAUGCAUCUGUUGACACCUCCAGAGUCUCCGCAACAGUCUCGAACAACAUCUUCAGCAUUGGAUCGAUCUGCCGAUGGGUCCAGUAACACGGCUCUUCCUUAUGCUCUCUCUCAAAGUUUGGUUCGGUACCCUCUCUAUUAUUCAAAACUCUCCUCCUUACUCUUAUCCCUUCCUGCUCCACAGAAUGUUGGGUCAAAAGAUGGUGUCUUGAGCCUCCGGCAAGCAGGAUCAGCAACAACUCAAGACAGCACCCAACUACAGCGAACAACUCAUGCAGCUAUUCUGGAAGCGAUUAAAUUGGGUGAUUACAUGACGCUGCAGUCCUUAUUGAUGACCCCUCCUACAUUACAAGAUAACAGCAGCAAUAAUAGUAGCGGUAAUAAUAGUAUUAUUAAUGGGAGUAAUAGCACUGCUGGAAAUGGAGGAAUCGGAAAUAUAGCACUGGUGAACUAUCAUGAUCCACAGACAGGCUUGACACCAUUACACCAUGCUCUCAGGACCCGUCCAUUGCCCUCCAUGGAAACAGUAAAGAUUUUGUACCAAGCGGGCGCAGAUAUGAAUGCACAGAGUCACUAUGGUCGAACUGCCUUACAUCAUCUCUGUCGCUUCAGUUUAGAGCAAGCACUUACACCAUUAAACGACGAUAACGCCGCUAGUUCACCCUCAACGACACUAAAUGGAGGGCCCGCAUCAGCCAAUGGCCUAUCAUCGAGUAACAGCACUGUAGAUGAAUCAAAGGGAGGUCGACGAAAGAACCGAUCUCGGACAUUGACGAACGGAUCUGCUGGAUCCAAUCAUUUGGUGCCUAAUGGAAAAGAUCAGGCUAGCUCAUCUGCUGCCUCCACAACAUCAUCCAAUGAUCUAUCAACAGGCGCGAACGCUUCUCGACAUGCUCAUGCAAAUCAUCCGGAUACAUCUGUUCUCAAAACAGCCUCACCCGAAGAGAUCCAACGAGCCUCUAAACAUCUUGCGAAUUGCUGUCGACUUUUAUUGCGCCUUGGAUCUCUGGUCAAUAUUCAGGAUCGACACGGCAACACCCCUUUACAUUUUGCGGUAGAGUACGGUGGAGUAUUGGAGGUUGUCAAAGUGUUGGUACAGGAGGGGGCAGAUGUAGAACAACGUAAUACAAAAGGAUUGAAACCUUUGGAUGUGAUUCGAGGCGUGCAAUCGGAAGAGAUGCGAUGUAUUCUUGAAAAUGGUCGUUCAAAAUUGGAUAAUGAGGACGGCGAUACGACCUCCAACGCCUUAAUAUCAUCACAACAAGUUCGUGAUAGUAUUCUCAAGCCUCUUAAUCUUCCAGAAACACUUCAUGAGGUUGAUUUCCAAUUCAAUCAGGUCCUUCAGAACCUCGAACACUAUCAGAACCAUACCUCAGUUUCCAUUGAAGCUUCACUUCAAUAUAUCACGGACCAGAUCCUCCUUGGCUGGUCACCGGGCUAUCAUAACGCCAGUGGACAAGGACAGUCUCAAGAAGAAUACAAUACCGAUUUGAUGGCGAGCCUAGAGAACCUCAAGUAUGAGCUCGAGAGCACCUACGAACUGCUGAUGAUCUCUGAGGAACAAUACCGAGAUGUGAUUACAUUCUAUGAAUCCGAGUUGAAUGAGAUGACACGUCAAAACCUGACAGUCUUGACGACUUACGACUCUGAAAAGUCCAAGGUAACAGGGCUAUACGCAAUCUACACUCGACUGACUGAGCAACUGGAGGAAUUAGAAGCCGAGAAUGAGGGGUUGAAGAAAGAGCUUGAGGAGAAGAAAAGACGGGGGUUAGUCAGCUUGGGUCGACUCGUCCACGGAGCGAUGAGUGGAGACUGGUCCGGUACUCGCAGUGGGACGGGCAGCACCCUAGGAAAGCAUAAGCCGACAACACCAACAGAAGCAACAUCGGUGUUGACACGGAAAAAAAGAGAUCUCUUAGAGGCCGCGGCGCUCGAUGAUGGACAGCCUUCAAGGGAUGAGGAGACCAACCUAGAAGGCCCCCCUCCUCGACCAGCCAUGGUGCUUGAUCCACAAGAUGCUUUGACAUCUACGGAAGCCAAUCAUUCCUCAGCUCCAGAUCCAGAGAGCUCGCUGAGUGAUAGACGUUCAAUGUCCUCCCACCGGCCCACAUCUCCAUCUCAGACAAUAUUGUCAUCCUGUGAAAGCGAGCCUGCUCUACACACAAUCGCGGUCCUGCUACAAAAGGUAUCGCUUCUGGAGCAAGAGUUGGCCACCAAGAUAUAUGAUACCAAAGAACGAGAUCUCCUUGUAGGAGAGCUUGAGGACUUGAUGAAUGAGCAAUCCAGGGUUUUCCAAGAGGAAAGCAAAGCCCGCGAAGAGCGUGUCGAGAAUCUCAUGUCCAUGUUAACUCGUGCGGAAGAAGGAGGGGAGGAGCAGGUACAGGCAUUAGCAAAUGAGCUGAUGGCGAAGAUGAUGGCUCAAGCAAAUGAAGUGGCAAGGAGACAGCGUACCCACAGCGAAUUCUCGCAUUCAUCUGUAGGGGGCGCAAGCCGCAGCACAUCUGCUCGGGUUUCAGGAGAUUGGACCUUUUUCUUGAAGAGAUCGGCAUCUACAUCUGUAGGAGAGGGAGGAGCACCACCAGUUGUGCAGAAGGAUCUUGUGGCGAGCCUCAGGCAGGAGAUAGAGUUGUCCAAGCUGCAGAUAUCAAGGCUAGAGCUUGCGAACGCCAACCUCCAGGAGAGAUGGCAACAAGCCAUGAAAGAGCUAGAAGAGAUCCGUACUGCAGAAAAAGCAAUGUCUGAUAGCGCAAGCGAUGUGGAUCAAACAGUUGUGGGUCAUCCAUCCACUUCAAUGUCCUUGACUAUGGAGAGACAACGGCCUCGAGUGACGACAUUUUAUGUCCCGAAAUGGCCAUACCAUCCACAGGAUGAGCCAUUGAUGCUGACACUUGACAAGGACAAUCAGCUGCAGGAGGAUAUGCCCUCUUUAGAGGAGAUCGAACUCGUCUUUGAAAUCCUGAUGGCCAACUUGGCAGAGAUCUCUCGUGAUGCAGAAGAAGCAGACCUGCGACUCCAAGAAUGCAAACGAGCCAAGGAGCAAAUUUACCACAGAUGUCUCUACCUCGAUGAUCUCCAAAAAACGUUGGAGGAAAAAGUAGAGACAAUUGUAUCUCAGCCCUUCAAGGCCAAUGAGGCUCAGCUCAAUUUCAUGGAGGAGCAAAGAGAAUUGCAGGCACAAAUUAAUGAGGUGAUGGAGCAGGCAGAGUCUGUCACAGACCUGUACAAUAAGCUGAAAGAGGACUUGCAGAAUUAUAAGGAUGAAAAACAGGCACGUCUUCGAGAGCUCGAUAAUGUCCGCGAUCUGAUGCGCAAGAUUGGUCCCCAGGAGCUUCUAAGAGGGUUAUUGGCCAAACUGGAUCAUGCCAUUCCGGAUGAUUCGGCUGCACAGGGCCGUCGGGAGGUCAUUGCGGCAGCUGUGGCUCAAGGAAUGGAGCUAGCUGCCGAAAUGGCGGCCGAAGAGCAUCAUCGUAAUGGCGAGCGGGUCCCAUCGCAUCUAUGGCGAAAUUCUUGCAGUGUGGUUGAUGAAGGGGAUGAACAAGAUGCCAUUGACUCGAGGUUGUCGACGGCUUCAAUCGACUACUAUACUCAGUCUUGCUCUAUUAGUGAUCACAAGCUCUUUAUCCAGUCACUUUGCUCGACCCUUUACGCGCUCCAAAUGACCACGACACACCAGAUCGCCAGUCUCAAGAGUUCUUUGGCAGAGUCGAGAGCAUCUUUGGUCUUGGCAGAUCAAGAGCUGUCAAACCUGAAUGAUCAAAUCGCAGGCCUUUAUGAGGACGUAGGUACACUCAGAAGCGAACUGCAUGAGCUUCAACAGGAGCUUGAUCGGUUAAUCCAGCUCCGUAAAGCAGAAGUUGAGAAGGUUUGGGAGAUUGUUGGAGAAGUCAGGAUCGAUGAGAAUGGCGUGAAUAGGGUCUUGGAGGAUGAUGAAGAUGAUGGUGAUGGUGAUGAUGAAGAGUCGGUUUUGAGCACAGACAUCCAUCGUAAGAAUUCGAUCCAGAGCCGAGCAUUGACUAGGAGUACGAUCUAUGCUAUUGAAAAUGGAGGUGACAACCCUCUGCUGCCUAAUGAUGGCGCUGGAUCAGCAGAGGCUGGAGCUGGAACUGGAGCUGGAACUGGAGCCGGAACCGAAGCUGGAGCUGGAGUGAAUGGCGAUGGCCAUAGUAAUACCAAUAACCGUAGUUCCGUGGUCUCCCAAUCACUAUCCAUUACCCGUGCAGAGCGAGCCUCAAUGCUUCGACAGAAUUCAUCCCGGCUUUCAGGGUGUGAAAACGAUGAGGCGAUGAGCCCCGAGUUUUCACAGACUUCAGAGUUGGACCGAUAUGCUCUGAUUUCUGCAGAGAUGGAUAAGUUGCGGUCACGGCACCUUCACUUGCUGACGACUAUUACUGAGUACAAGAAGCAGAUUACGGUGAUCAAGGAUCGUAAUCUCAAAUUGGUGGCGACGUUGUUGGACCGGGAGAGGGUUCGAUUAUGGACUGCAGAUGGACAGGAUGAGGUUAUUAAUGCGAUUGUAGGACAGCAUGGUCACCACAAUAGCCAUAACACUCACAACCAUGUAGCGGCAGUAGCAGCGAUGGCAGCGUCUGCCAAUGCAAUGUCGUCAUCACUUUCUUACAACGGCUUUAAUAUCAAUGGGGGUCAGAGCUUAUUAUCAGGAGAGUAUGUAUCUCGAGUAAGUAGUGCAGUGGUAAACAAUCAAUCUACUAUGAGCAUGGGCAAUGGCUCGAGUUGCACGUUAACGUCGAAUAUGACAACGUCAACAACAUCAACAUCAACAUCAACAUCAACAUCAACAUCAACAUCAACAUCAACAUCAUCAACAACAGGGACCAAAAAGCAUCAUAUGAGUUUGACCGCAGCAGAGGAUGGCAUCAAGUUAUUGCGAUGUCAAUUAGAGAGGAUCCGACAAUCAGAGAUGACUAGGUUCACAGAGAUGGGGAUUGGAUUGACUAUGAGCUAUUCUGGACUUUAUCCUUCGAGUGUCUCUGAGGUGGGUGCAAUGACGAUGGCCAAUGGAUUGGAAUCGAGUAAUGGGUUUAUGGAUUCACAAAGUGUACUUCUUUCAGGAAUCUGAAUGUCUGAAUAUUUGGACAGAUGGUAUUAAGUAAUCAAUAAUGACACGUU